AUGCAGUACAAAUCUCUUUUACCCCUGUGCUCCUUCAUUUUCUUAGGCCUCAGUGCCUCGGUUUAUUCUCAAUCAAGUACGUACUACUGGAAGCACUUUUCCACCUCUGGUACCAUCGCUCCAUGGUAUGAGAAUGACAAUUCUUGGGGAGUGACUGCCCCCGAAGGGACGGGAUUUGCUGUCAUGGUCACUGGAGAAGACUGGGGCACAUGGUCCCCAGUUCACAUUUUGCCGAAACAACUGAAGGAUGUCAGUCAGACUCAUAACACCUGGAUCUCCCAGAACGCCUAUCCAGAACCAGGCUACGGAUAUGACGCUUGCUACGAUAUCUUUAUUGAUCCCGUUUAUGCACCUACCGAUCGUAAUUCUAUCAACGAGAUCAUGAUUUGGUUCGGUUAUCAGGCUCCAAACAAGCCUCUAUCUGACCAUUAUGAUGCAAAUGGUAAUCCCGUUCCGUGGCAGACCAAUGUGAGUCUAGGAGGCAAAGCAUGGGAUGUAUAUUUAUACACGUGGCCCAGCGGUGGCCAUACCAUGAGCUACCUCGACCGCGAGAACCCGGGCUGGUUUUCCGGGAGUCUCUGGCCUUUCUUUAACCACGGAAUUAGCAACGGCUGGUACACCAGUGACCAGUAUUUAAAUAGUGUUAUGGGUGGCUGGGAGUUCGGAAGAGGCAAUUAUACGGCAGAAUCCUGGGGCGCAGUAGGCUUUUGA